UAAAAAUCCAUUCAAACUCAAAAACUCACUGAACUCACCGAACAAAACAGAACCGUGCGGGUGCAGCAAAAACCCAAACCCAAACCCUCCCAUCCCCAUCUCCCCAACAUCUCGCAACUCUCCCGUCUAUUCAUCAUAAGCAACACACUCAAUUACUGCUACCUCUACCUCUCCCUCAUAAUCACCAUCUACACCGCAUCACCCCACAACCCCUCACUAAUCGGAGCUCCUCGCAUCCCCCCCAAAAUUCUCCUCCUCCUCGGGAAUCUUCGCGAGAUGGCCAGGAGAUUUUUCCAAGCAUUGGGAUUAUUCCAUAAUCCGGCUCCAGCCGCCCCAGCACCCCCCGCAGAUCCAGAUGACCAAGAAGAAACCUCAGACUCAGAACCAAACGAUGGUCAUGAUCCCUCAGACCCCGACGACGACGAUGAUGAUAAUUCCUCUCACCACUCUUCUCAAAAUACACCCUCCCAUUCUUCCUCCUCGCACUCCGAUUCCCAUCCAGCAACUCCCCCCUCCCCACCCCAGAAAACCACCCUCAAGAAACGCGACAUCCGUGAAUCUGAAGAAAGACUAGCGCAUUAUUAUCAAUCGUUGCAAAAGGAACCGAAGAGUAUUAGACGGAAUAAGUGGAGAGAAGAUCCAAGGUUGGGGGGGUUGGAAAAUCAGGUUUUUGAGGGGAUUUUGGGGGUGGGUGGGUUUGGGAGUGUUUACCUCGUUCUCAACACUCUCACCCAAAAACGCUACGCUCUAAAACUCCAAUCUGAAACCACCGACCAACGUCUCUCGCGGCGCAAACGCGAAAAGCCCCCUACUCCACACACUCCACCCGAUCCCCUCUCGCACACACCCCCCAUCACCCCAUCCUCUGAAGCAACCAUCACCUCACCCACCCUAAUCACCUCCCGCAAUCUUCUCUCCAAACGCUACCGCGAAAACCGGUGUUAUCUGCAAUACAUCAAAAGCGGACAUCCAUACAUCUGCGCCCUCGACGCCUUUCUCGAUUUUACAUCGCAAUUCGGGGCCGUGGAAGAACGAGGAAUCGUGAUGUUUGCUUCUUAUUACGAGUACUGCGAUGGAGGCGAUCUCUUCCGCAUCCUCAACGGAUAUCACGAAGGACAUCGAAAAACUGACGGCGCAAAGGCAGACAGAGAAAUGGCCAAUCUCGUCAACAUAGGCCGGGCCUGGCGACACGAACCCUAUGUCCCUCUCCCUACCGUAGCAGAGCGUGUUUUCCCUCCCGAACUCUUCCUCUGGCACAUAUUUUCACAGCUCAUCUCCGCGAUUCUCUUUCUACACAACGAACAUACCGAUUACAAUACGCUUCCGGAACAUAAAAAUCGCGCCAUGAUCAUCACCAUGGAUCUCGCACCGCAGAAUGUGUUUCUGCAAUGGCCGGCUCAUGCCGUCACCCCGGAGCAGCGACGAAAUGUAUACCCCAAUAUCAAGGUUGGGGAUUUUGGGACGGCGAAUUUUCUUCCCCCCGGAGGACGCAUUCCCACCGAAGAGGGCGUUGAGACUGAGACCCCAGAUGAAGAAUUCUAUGAUGCGCGCACGGAUGUGUGGACGGUGGGGAAUAUGAUAUAUCAGUUUGCGACGCGAGUGCAAGGUGAUAAGCCGAAAGAAGAUAUUGAGGGGAUAUAUAGUGCGCAGUUGAAUAAAGUAGUUGGGGCAGCGACGGAGAAGGAUCGGGAAGAGAGGAUCGAGGAGAAGAAAUUAGGAAGGCUUCUGCAAAUGGGGUAUGAGAAAAGGAUUCCGCAUAUGUUUAAGAGUCUUCCCGAUUGGGCCAUCUCCCAGGAAAAUGUACUCAAGUAUCGAUUUUCGGAACAGCAUGUGAAGAAAUUGUGGGAGCGGGAUUGGAAUUUGAAGAUUGAGGAGGAGGAGGAGGAGGCGGCAAAGGCGGAGGAUGAUGAGGAGAGAAUAUUUCAUUUGAUGUUACUAGUGAAGGAGAGGAAGUUGAGAUUUGGGAUUGAGUUGGAGGAGGAUGAGGUGGAUGAUGAGGAGCAUCCGGUGUGGAUACAGGGGUUGAAAGAUGAAGAGCCGGAGCUCUAUGCGGAACUUUUGGCUGAGGCGAGAAUAGCGGUGCCGAGUCCUGAGGUGCCGGAUUCGGGAGAGGGUGAGGGGGAGGUGGUUGUGGAAUGAGGCGUGAGAUGGGUG